CCUGAAGCUCCGCCUCCACCCCAGUAAAAAGCUGCGAGAGACGGAGGGAAGCAUUUUGUAACUCUCUUCCUUCGGCUUUCUGCUAAUCUCCUUUUCCGGGCCGCACCGGCCAUCUGAGCCAUGAAGGACGAAGGCUGGCAAGUAUCGACGGUGGCCUGGGGAGCCGCGCUUUUCGUUCUGCUUUAUUUAGGUUUUGUGCGGCGUGUUACUGGUGCUGCUGGCACCGCUUUUUACCGCCGGCGGUGGGGCCGCUUCGAAAAAUCUAGGAAUCCCCCUGUGGACGUGUGGUCCCCCAGACUGUCUGGCUUUCCUCUACAGCUUUGCGUGCACCUGGCCAAUACAGCUUUUGGACAACUUUUUUUAGUGCCAUUUUUAAUGCAGAUGAACAAUUUUACUGCUCUACGCUACCUUGAUAUUCCUGAAGAUCCUACUUUCAUUCCAUUGGUGGCUUCAGAAAGAAAAGAGCACAAGUCAGAAUCAAAAAAUGUCUCAGCAAUUCUCCAAAGUUUGAUGGAAUCAAGUUCAUGUUCUGCAAGUUCUGAUUUCAGAUUUAAAGGGAUUCAGGAUUACUUGAAAUGCUAUAGAUCUGGGGAAAUAACACCCCAACAAGUUGCCAAGAACAUUAUUGCUGCCCUGAAAGAAGUUGGGAAAGCAGGUCCUAACCUCCAGGCAAUUGUUCAGUGGAAUGAGGAUGAGAUAAUCAAGAUGGCUGAGGAAUCCACAGCUCGUUACAGAAACAAGCAGCCCCUCUCACUCUUGGAUGGAAUUCCAGUGUGCUUAAAAGAAGAAAUUAAAGUGGUGCCCUACCACCAUCGAAGUGGAACUGUAUACUUGGGCACAAAGCCAGAAACUGAAGAUGCCACUGUGACAAAGAAACUACGGCAGGCUGGUGCCAUUAUCAUAGGCAUCUCGAACAUGCAUGAAUUGGGUAUUGGGACCACUGGCUGUAAUCCCAAUAGAUAUCAUGGUACAACUAGAAAUCCAUACAAUCCCCACCAUUUUACUGGUGGUAGUUCUAGUGGAUCAGCAGCAGCAGUGGCUGCAGGCCUCUGUCCACUGGCUAUUGGUACAGAUGGAGGUGGUUCUGUGAGGAUCCCAGCUUCUUUCUGUGGUGUUGUGGGACUGAAAGGUACAUUUGGACGGAUCAGUGGAUUUGGUUGUCUUCCUCUCUCAUAUUCUACUGUUAGUCUUGGCCCUCUCUGCAUUUCAGUUGCAGAUACUGCUGUUGCUUAUGCUACCUUGGCUGGGCCAGAUUUACAGUAUCCAUAUGGAUUACACCAACCGGAACCAUCCUUCUCAGAAAACUUCAGCACUGAUCUGAAUGGUUUAAAAUUGGGAAUUGACUGGAGUUUCUUUAAGGCAUGUGAUACUGAAAUCUUAGCUGUCUGCCAAAAAGCGGUGGAGUUCCUAGUGGACUUAGGAGCCUCAGUAGUUGAAGUAUCUUUGCCAGAGAUAGAAGAGGUUCGCGUGGCUCAUGUAAUCUGCAUUCUCAGUGAAAUGAGAGAUUUUCUGCAGUCUGAUUUCAACAAUCUGUUUGAACAAAUGAAUUUGGAGACUCGUUUGAACCUUGCAAUUGCUUCUCAAAUCACAGCCGUGGAUUAUAUUAAGGCAAAUCGGCAGCGGAGUCGAAGCAUAGCUUCCCUGAAAGAGAUAUUUUCAAAAGUGAAUUGUCUCCUUACACCAGGUACUGCAUGUUGUGCCCCAGUGAUCCAUGAAUCAGACCUCCUGACUGGAUGUAGUGAUGUUCAGACAACUCUACGGACCAUGAGGUUUCACAUCUUCAGUCUGCCAUUAGUUAAACUAUUUUGUUUGGAGAGAAAGUCUGCCAAACAUCAUCCUUCCAAGGAAUUUCUGACUAGUCUUGCUGAGAGUUUCCUCCUAGAGUUGAAGAUACAAACUGUCCUUGACUUUGGCUAAUCAAUAUGGAAGAUUUAAUCCUGAAGUAUGCAUAUGUGCAUGACAGUAUGUCUUGGGACUUCAAGAAAACUGAUUUUAAUACACUUAGCAAUAUCAAUGAGAAAAGUGGCUCAAGAUUGGUAUGUCCUUAAAAAAAAUCAUAUACAAUUCUAAUUAAAGCUAGGCAAGAUAGUUAAGGAGUUCAGAGCACAAGUAGUGUUUCAUCUGUACUUCCAGCAAAAGGUCAACAUCCAAUGAGGGAAAAAGGAUUUAGAAAUGAACCACUGGGUGGCUUCCGGUUCUGGAUCGCGUCAUCAGCAGGCGUGCGGAGAGACUGCUCUCCCCGCCGUCCGGUUUCCCUUCUUCGGGAGACCCUGGAAAGAGUUGAAAGCCACCCUCCGUUUGAUCUGAGGCAGCUCCUCAGGACCGAAGAAGAAAAGAGUGUCUAUUAACAUGGCUGCUCAUUAAGUCGCACCAGCUGAAAGCCAAAUUUAGAUCUAAGCACAAUGAAGCACUGUGGAGGAUUCGGGUGAGAGCCUUCCUUUCCUCUUUGUUACCCUAAUUACCUUCUUGUGAAAGCCUUUUCAAACCUCUCCCCUGCUUUCAAUGCAGCAGCGUUUCUAUACUUGGGAAUUUAAACGUUGAAGGAAAGAAAAGAAUAAGUAAUUUUAAUAACUAAAUAACUGGAUUUUUGAUUUUCGGAUACCUUUGGGAUUUUAAAAGAUCUAAUUACUGAGACUUAUUAUUUCUCUAACCAUUUAUUUUGGAAAAUAUCCUCUUUUUCAGCUUUUUUAAAUCAAAUAAAAGACUAAUUGGUGUUUGGGAAAAGAUUUUGUGGUUGAAGGGGGACCUCUUGUGGCGAAAACUGGCACAGCAAUUGACUUUUUUCUCUCUCUCUUUUUCAAUUGUGAGGCCUGUUGCCUCUCUUGAUUUGCCCUUCAUACUAUCAAAAAAGAUAAGAUUUGGAAACAGCUGGGUGGUGAAAACAGCUUUAGAAAGCGUGGAAGUGGGCAUUGGCUGAUCUUUACUAAACAUAGUCUCCAUCAAAAGACUAUCACUAAUCACCAUGGAAAUGGAGGGAAUCUACCCACAACUUAAUUAUAAACUUAUACUUCAAAAAAUUCUUGAAGUCACCGAGCUAAUAAAAUCCUGAAUGAAAGCCGAAGAUGUUUUCACCUAACUACAGAUUGAAUCCCAGACCCCAACUGUUCGACUUACAAGCCAAAAAAUAAUAGAAGAGGAACAAUUUAACAUCAAAGAGGAUUUUACUCAACAGCAUGUACAACUUAUGGAUAACUUUGACAAACAGUUUGUUUGAGGGUUAAGCAGCUUUUCUUUUAGAGAUUUUGACUGAUCUUAGAGAUAUUGACUAAGGAUAUUUAGGAUUCAGAUUUAUAAUGGAAAUUAAAAUAAUUUGUUAAAUUAUAGCCUUAAUGGUUAUAGGGAAAUGGAUUUGUGAUAAUGAAAGAUAUGUUAUUAGUAUAUGAGGAGUUAUUAGGAUGAGAAAUAGAAUAUACUGGUGAAUAAAGAAAGAAUUUAAAUUUUGGAAUAAUAUUUGUAUUUCAGUCACAAGAAUUAGUUUAUAAUGAAAUGAGGGAAACUAAACUUAUCUGAAUUAUAAAUAGUGAUUAUAAAAGGUUAAAUUGGAAUAUGACAACUGGAAUGAAAUAAAAUCUAAAAACAGGACUUGGAUAUGUAUAACUAAAAUGUUAUUGAUAAAUGCAUACAUUGAUUGAACUUUAGCUAGAAAAGUACUAAUAUGAAUGUGUUAUAAUAACUAAGGGAAAUAGAGAGGGAGCCUUUAUUGAUGUAAACUGAGAUAUCUAUGUAUCACUCUGUUAUUGGAUUAUUGAUUACUCUAUCACCACGCUGCUUCCUAAUUACCUGGUUGUUAAAAUUUGAAAAAUUAAUAAAAUUUGUUAAAAGAAAAGAAA